GAUUUCAAGCUCACGCGGGAGACAUCAAACAAUUAAAAACAGAACUACCGGUAAUCAUUAUUUCCGAGUUGCAGUCGUAAUCUCUGGCGCGAUUCCACCUGGAUCAAUGGCGCGUGACGGUUAUCUUGUCACACAGUGUUGACGUAUCAGCCAGAUGGAGCCUGAGUUUACUCGACCGUCGCAGGUAGGGCGGGAGUUCCUUAAAGCGUCAUGGCUAUAUAGUUCCUGUGUGCAGGUGUAUUCACACACAAUAUGAACAUUAUACGACAGUACUUUAUAUGCAUCAGUGUUAAAAUGUAACACAGAGAUGGUUGUGGUGGAAAUGGUAUUGAAAAGUGCGUUCAUAUGGUCAGAUAGUUAAAACUACAACUGCUACCGGACAGUUAACAGUGUUGUGUUCAACAAAUGUUUGUCAUAGACCUUUAAAGUCUACAAACAGAUCUACGGCUGCAUGUUUAUUCUGUGAAAUUAAAAAUGACACGUGAUCUUUAUUGAUUACGGAAUCUAGUGACAUUAAACCACAGGAAUCACUUUUAGACGCCAGAUGCUUUCUCGCGAAUCGGUCGUCUUUGAUGGCGAGAAACUGCAACACAAUACCGUGGCCGGUGAAACAAGAUAAUGGGAGGUAAAAAGCAAUCGAAGAGGAAUGUAACAAGACGUUCUUCAUCAACACUAGAAAAACACACCCGAGAGAGGGACGGUUCUAGUCGAUGUGAAAAUCAGAAAGAUAGGUCGCAAUCGCUGGAAUCAAGACUUAUCGACGACAAUAGGAAACUCACGUCGGAUUUGUUCCCAAGAUACAGCAUCUGGCUCGUGUUUGUGUUGACAUUGUACAUACGGAUUAGCUAUGUAUCUAAGGUGGAGAAUUGGUGGAUACUUCACCCAGACGAGAUAUUCCAAUCGGUUGAAGUUGCACACUCCGAGUUUUAUGGAUACGGAUUCAGGCCAUAUGAGUACAUGCCGCCGCUAGAUGACGUCAACACAACUUCCGUCGGACGUGUACAGGAGAACCUACUGGGGAUGUACAGCCUGCGGUCAUUCUUGUACCCGAAGGUGCUGGUGCUGACACUCUACAUGGCUACAAUAUGUGGUUACACCGGCUCGCCAAUGCUUUUUUGGAAGAUUUUCCACACCGCAGUGACGUCAUGCCUACCCUUGGCUGUUUACACUUUCACCAAAACUUUGUACAAAUCACGUGAUGUUGCAGUUCUAGCGUCCGUCCUUUCAUCCACGUCAGUCUUCCUGUACGUACUCGGAACUCACACUCUAAUCAACAGUUUUGUUUCCCCAUUCUUCUUCUGGGCACUUGUGCCGUUAUUUAAAUUAUUAAUAACCAAUUCGGAAAAACAAAAUCAAGCCAAGACGCCGGAGCCGGAACCGGAGCCGGAACCGGAACCGGAAGCGGAUAUUUCUGAUAUAUCAACACCCGUUACGAGUAAAUCACUUGACAUCAUUCCUAUUGAAGAAAAUAGUCCAAGGGAACAUGAAAUGUGCGUAGAAAGUCUGCAACCGGAAGAUGUUAAACAUCACGGUUGCAAUAAACAACAGAAAACCAUGGAAUCACAGCCUGUUGGUAAGGUAGUACCACCUGAAACAGGUCAUUCGGAGAGCGUAACAAACAAAACCUUUCAUGAAAAUGGCGGCAUACCAAAGACAGAGACCACGAACAAACUAUACACACCGCUACCCUCACGUGGAAAUCGCCUGACGAAUGUGCACAAGGGUAUAAUAUACGAGAUCAUGCAGCAUUGUACGAAACAGAGCCGGCUGACUGCGCCGUAUCAAAAAUACGAGCAAAACACUUAUAUGAGUGGUGACCAGAAACUCUCGACCUAUGUGGAGGACACACGGUUAGGUUAUGACCGGUCAAAUAUUAUAAAUGACCAGAUGGAUGUUGAUUUUAACCAUAACUCUAACGACUUCAACAAAUCACAUUAUAAACUAUCUCAACCAAGAAACGUGAUCAAUACAAACCGAACAAAUAUGGAAUAUGCUGUAGAAAACUCACCCCAAAAUAACCCAGCGCUUGACAGAAACGUUCUUCACACAUCGGACAAAACCGGAAGUCAUCGACUGAGGAAGAGUAGUCAUGAUGUCCAACACAAUUACUGUGCAAUCAACAAAAAUAUUUGUGAAAAGAAUGUACAGCAAUCUACAACAACAGAAAGUGUUAGAAAGACGCAUUCCAAAUUGGUGCUUGAUGGGCACAAGAUGAACGGAAAACAAGAACAUGUGUCCAUGGAAAGAGCGGAGACAAAGGUGAAGGAGAUUACCAACUAUCAAGACGAUCAUGAUUGCGGUAGGGGUUUGUCCGGAACCUCUCCGUUAGAAGGACAUAUGAUGAUGAAUUUAUUCUCGGGCUUUAUCAUAUCAUUGUGCGUCUACGUCCGAGCAGAUCUCCUCAUAUUUGUUGCAUUGGUUAUUUUGCCAUAUGGAAAGACCUUUUACAACUGCAAAUCAUUGACGUCACUUCCGUUAUUGUUGUAUUGUACUGGGGCUCUGAUAGGGUUUGCUUUUGGUGUUUAUGACGACUAUUGUAGUUAUGGAACAAUGGUUAUUUCCCCUUGGCAAUGGUUAAAUUUCAACGUACUGAGAGACAAGUCCGCUAUUUUCUUCGGUAAAAAACAUUGGAGUUUUUACAUCCGGGCACUGUUUAUCCAGGAUGAGGUCAUGUGUGUUUGCCUGAUCGUCAGUGGGUUGGCAUUUACGGCAGUCAAGUGUAAACGAAUCGGGAACCAUGAACAAUUAAUGUCAACUAACGUCAAGUUAUUUAUUAGUUUGUUGACAUUUUUUAUUAUUCACUCGUUAAAUAAUCACAAAGAGGUAAGAUUUUUACACGAUUUUAUUGUUUUAUUGUUAAUAUUUUACGCCAGUUUUAUUGUGAUCCUAAUCAAAACCUAUAAACAAUAUCUUAGUCAGAAUUACAAUAGUCAGCUAUCCAACAGUAUUGUAGUGGCAUUUGUAGCCUAUUUGUGUUCUAGUCAGUGGCGGAACUUUCCCAGUCCAACUUCUGGGUGGGCGUUCCGAAGUCUCCUUAAUACCAACGAUGUCAACGUAUGCUUGGACUAUUUACGUCAGCAAAAUGACGUCACUGGUGUCUUCAUUGAUACGUCGAUCCACGAGACAGGUGCGUUUUCAACGCUUCACCAAAACGUACCACUGAUAGCGUUGAUCCAUAACGAGUUUUACGAGUUCGGUGUUGACUCCAGACUGUCACACAGGUCUGUCUUGUCGCACGUUAGCCGGACGGACAACUUGUCACUGUCUGUCCUCACAAAGAUUACCGACUUUGUUUCAGUGUAUAACACGCCGUAUCUGUUGAAGACUCUCAUCAAUAAACCUGUGUACAAUUAUCUAGUCCUAACAACAGAUCGAGCAUUCAUCGAGGUCGGUUUCCGGGAGGUUUACCGCACAGGUGAUAUGAGGAUUUUGAAACGUUCGUUUUUGUCUGAAGAUGAAGUGAAAUUACAGGCGAUAGGAAAUAACAUACCGCUUGGGCCGAGCUGUAAGAUACUGGACUACGAGGCUAACUGGUUGUUAACGUUCGGACAGCACGAAAAAGCGAUACGGAAGCUAUCUUAUUGUCUUUCUCUUGACAAAACCAACCUACAGUCUUACCAACUGCUGAUGGAGGUACGACGUCGUCAAGGUGACGUCAGGGGUGCUCGUGACGUAUACAAUAUGUGUGGUCAAUACCAUGGACACCGAGCAUGCACCACCCGACCUGGUAGAAUCGUCAUCCACAAGGAGUACCAACUUAACGUUGAUAUGUGAGCUACCAAGUCCCAGCGGGACGUAAAUUAUUUUUGAGGAGACAGUGACAUUAAAUGGCCAAGAUUAUUAAAAAAAUAAUAAUGAAGUAUUUUAUGAUUUACAUAACCGUAUUGUUAACCAGUUUGAAACGUUUACCUGUAUAUGUUACAUGCUCUGCUUUCGGGUUUGAUUGGUUUAUAUCUGAUCACGUGUUAUGCAACAUCCUUGUACACCAGAUAACAUGUUAUUCUACAUUCCCGAUUGGAGGAUUGUGACAUCGAUGACCUGUUUUAUUUCACUCUAAUUUUGAUUUGUUUACACCCGGUUACACUACAUUCUGUUAGCCAUCACGUGCUCCUCUGUAGAUUUGGUUUACCUGGUCAGAAGUAGGUACCGACCGUUUGUGUGGUUUACCUGGUCAGAAGUAGGUACCGACCGUUUGUGUGGUUUACCUGAUCAGAAGUAGGUACCGACCGUACGUGUUGUUUACCUGGUCAGAAGUAGGUAGCGACCGUUUGUGUUGUUUACCUGGUCAGAAGUAGGUACCGACCGUUUGUGUGGUUUACCUGGUCAGAAGUAGGUACCGACCGUUUGUGUGGUUUACCUGAUCAGAAGUAGGUACCGACCGUACGUGUUGUUUACCUGGUCAGAAGUAGGUAGCGACCGUUUGUGUUGUUUACCUGGUCAGAAGUAGGUACCGACCGUUUGUGUUGUUUACCUGGUCAGAAGUAGGUAGCGACCGUUUGUGUGGUUUACCUGGUCAGAAGUAGGUAGCGACCGUUUGUGUUGUUUACCUGGUCAGAAGUAGGUACCGACCGUUUGUGUGGUUUACCUGGUCAGAAGUAGGUACCGACCGUUUGUGUGGUUUACCUGGUCAGAAGUAGGUACCGACCGUUUGUGUGGUUUACCUGGUCAGAAGUAGGUACCGACCGUUUGUGUUGUUUACCUGGUCAGAAGUAGGUACCGACCGUUUGUGUUGUUUACCUAGUCAGAAGUAGGUACCGACCGUUUGUGUGGUUUACCUGGUCAGAAGUAGGUACCGACCGUUUGUGUUGUUACAGGUGACAUGGCUGAUAUUGAUUAUUUGUUAUUGAAGCCUAUAGCAAACGUAACUUGUGAUGACGUUGGCAUUUAUACGGAAAACCGAUACUGCAUUUAACUUUGGGGCCCUAAUCACUUAUCUAUAUUUAAUUAAAGUUUUAUCCGUCUCAUCUUACUGCCUGGUCAUUCUAUCCAUGUUGGCAAGUGUCAGCAAACGCAUCGAUGUUCAUUUUACAAAUAUUUAGCUAUAGGAAGUGUUUUAUUUAUUUUUUCAUUUAGUCUUUAUCAAUUUUUAUACAAUGUGUAGAAUGAAAAAUGGCAUGUUUCGUUUUAAAAACUCGCAUGAUUGAAACAAGUUUUUUUUAUCUCAUGUGUAGCAUUUCUGACGUCAGAUAUGCAUUGCAUAUGGAUAUUAUGAUAAUAACCGACCGCAACAAUAUUCAGGUUAAUGCACAUCCAUAUUCACCUCAACCAAAGACGAUGAUUCUAUGCAUGAAUGAGUAUACAGUAGUUUAUAUUUUAUUUAGCAUGACAGGCUGGUUGACUUCGUGUUUUCGUAACAUCAUUUUAUAUGUAUAUCAGAUUGUAACUGUCAGAAAGAAUUCGAAAUAUGUAACUUUAUCAAAAAUGUGAAUUUCUUGCGGGUUUGUUGAAUAAAAUACUCCAUUUGUACAGCUUUAAAUCAUAUCGGUGUGUGGACAUAUAUCACCGUGGAGAAGGUUUCGGACUUGGAGCGCGCAGGACUUGCGUUCCCUUGCAUUAGAUGGCGCGGUCGACGCACUUGGAGGGAGCGCGAAGCGUGAAUAUGGCAAGAGAUACGAGCAUGAACUUUUUCGAUCCGAUCUCGGAGAGAGAUAUCGAUAGCUAAUAUAAUUUCAAUCAAUUGUUUGCUUUUCUGCAAUAACUAAUCUAUCGUUGUGGAGUGUUGGUUUCAGCGAAGAGCUCGCGAUUUACUCAAGCUAAGGCACAUUCAUGACGCGAGUGGAGACGAAGGAUCGUUGUUUAUGUUUUCGCUGCUAAAAACAACAAGCCUGUGACGGUCUCGCAUAUACUAUAACUUCAGAAGUAAUCAGAUUUAGAUGUUAUUGGAAUCAGUAAUAUUCUAACAUGUUUUUGGAAGUUUACAUGUUUUGGUUGCUGUGAAACAUGUCUUUUGUUUUCAUCGGUCUUGAAGGGACGGCAGUAUGAGGGAGGGCCCUCGUAACUGGCGACGGCGAAUAUGGAGCACAUUCCUUAGACGACUAUUGUAGAUUUCAUACUGUGUCUGUGUUAUAACUGUAUGUUUAAAAUGAUCUGAACAUAAGAGAAACACAUAUAUAUUAAGUAAGUUCUUGUAAAAAACUGUCGUAUAUCUUUGCCGGAAAUCUUUCUAAUAUUGACCCGAAAAUUGACUUUAUAUUUAAAUGGGAAUGUAACAAAGAGAGCUUUUCAAUCAUAUCUGCACCGUGUAAAUUUUGUAUAUCGUGGCCCUAGUGAAGCAGUGUAUCUCUUGAUGUCAGUUUAUUGGAGAACACGACGAUGUCAGUUACAAGGGCGUGUGUCUGCCAAUAGAACGUACAUUUUGGACAUCAAAUACAUAUAUGAAUGUUUUUUUGUUUAAUUUAUUAAAUGAGAUAUGAUCAAA